GUGUGAAAUGUUCGAGUAAAUAUGGCGUCACAGCUCUCUUCCGCCAAAAAGUUUCGAUCGAAAAUUUUUCUAUUUUACUGUCUCUUCCCAUUUUAGUGCGUUUAUUAGUGGUCUAGUUGAUUAGAGUCAAUAACUUACCACUGCGGGUCAUAAUAAUUUAUUCUACCUGUGUCAUUUCAUCCUCGUUUCCGUCAUAAAAGUGCGCAGCUACAAGAGUGAACUUUUUGUUGAUAGUGUGUUUAUUUUUAUUGCCCGUGUUUAACCGACGAUACCCCGCGUUCUUGACUCCAAGUGGCACAUAAAGUUCUCCGCCCGAACUUUCAAUACUACGAGAGAUUUUAGCUGGCUACGCGAUUCCCGACUGCCAUUAUAUUCCCAAGUAUAUUCACAUGACUGUUGUCAUGAGUUGAGUUCUCAUGGUCUGACCAAGUUCAUUUGGUCUUCUUAUUAAUGUUGUUUGUGCUUAUGUUGCUUUAUCCGUGAAUUUAAAACACUGAAACAAUCUCACUGGUCACAAUUUUCCAGCGCCUCUCGGUAAUCUGAAGCGGCAAACCCCUUUGCCUACCUAUCACUCUGUCACAAGUUGUUGCAACUCAGACAUCUGUUCGCUCCGGUGAUUGUUCCAAUGGGAGAUGCGAAUUUCAGUCUUUUUUAAGUCAGCAUAAAACCUUUUGAUAUGGAUGAUGAGAAAAUUAAAAAAGAGGAAAUUGGAUCACCUCAAAGGACAGAGUUUCCAAUCAAAGCUGAAAAGCAAACCGAGGAACAUGGUAUCAAAAUCAAGUCGGAGGCUCUCAGCAUUACAGAAAUUGAAGUGUUAAAUGCAAGUGAUGCCUUGGGAAAUGGAAUCAUUGCUGAAGAAAUAACGUGUGUAACGGAGGAUGUUCUGGUCAAUGGUGUCAAUGAUGUAGCAAUGAAUGGUGUUGCGCAUCUGGAUGCGCAUCAGGCUCUUAUAGGCGACGCGAAAGCCAGCCUCCUGGAAUCAUGCCACCUAUCGGUAAAUGGACACAGCGAGCAUCUCAUCAAAGAGGAAGUUUCUGAUACUUCAAAACCAGACAUCAAAAGUGUAAAAAAGAAGCUAGUUCUCGACCGGCCCGAAAAGUUGGUUAUAAGUGACAGCAAUGCUCCUGUUCGUGAAAAGAAACUCAAUCACAAAACCUUCAAUGGAGAUCUCGAAAAAACAGAGGAAAUUGCAGAAUCGGCCAGUCAGACGUACACAUCAUCAGGAGUUCUGAAAGAAGUCAACCGAACCUCGCACUCAGUUCACCGAAGUAAAAGUGAGAAUGAAAAAUCCCGGAACCACCAUAGGUCAGACUCAAGGAGCGACCGACACAAGUGCGUCAAGUGUUACAAUAGGUCGAAAACUAAGCGCUGCAACAUAGGUGUCCAGUGUCGAAGAGACAAAACUGUUGAUAAGUAUGUAAGAAAACUGGAUGCAGUCACAAGCAAAGUUCCUUCCGAAAGUUGUUUUGUACCGAGGUUUCAACCGGUGCUACAUCAAAGUCAUGAAUUUGCCCAACUUAAAUAUAGUCGAUUUAUGCAGAUUGAGGUUCAUCCGAAUGGUGGAGCGAGUCUGAUCCAUAUGUAUCAAGAAGAUUUGGAUGCCUUGUCCAAGGAUGAGCUGAAGGAAUUAGCCCAAGAGUAUUUCAAGGUUGUUUUCGGAGAAAAUAAAGAUGGUUACUCUCAUCACGUCAUGGGUAUCGUUCAUAACGCUGCUCGCUACUUACCAGAUCUCUUGGAUUAUAUGGCCGAUCACUAUCCGUCUUUGGUUGUGAAGAACAGUGUCCUUGGUCGAAACUCAGACAUAGAGACAACAUCCAUGGCCCAAUACCGAGAACAGGUUGUGAAGAACUAUGCAAACGGCACUGUUCGGUAUGGUCCUCUACAUCAAGUAAGCCUGGUUGGAACAGUUUAUGAGGAAGUAGGAGGAUAUUUCCCUGAUCUCUUAAAUAGACUCGAACAAAAUGAAUUUUUAGAUAUGACAAUGCCUUGGGGAUCUCUGUCAGCUGUUACUAUGGAGACCCCUCAAGAAUCUAACGACGGUCCAAUUCUAUGGAUUAGGCCUGGCGAACAACUAGUUCCUACUGCUGAUAUGAAUAAAUCUCCAAUGAAAAGGAGAAGAACGGGUAUAAAUGAAUUACGGAACUUACAGUAUUUACCGCGGCUGUCUGAAGCUAGAGAAUACAUGUUCGAGGAUAGAACACGAGCUCAUGCUGAUCAUGUGGGUCAUGGCUUAGAUCGGCAAACAACAGCAGCAGUUGGAGUUCUGAAAGCAAUUCAUGGUGGAGAACCUUAUGAAUACAAUCGAAUAACCAAAGAUGUUGUUGCGUUCAAUGCUGCCGACUUCAAUGAGCUUGUUGAAAAACUUCAACUUGAUCUUCACGAACCUCCAAUAUCACAGUGUGUGCAAUGGAUUGAAGAUGCAAAACUGAAUCAACUGCGGCGCGAGGGUAUCAAGUAUGCCAGAAUCAAUUUGCAUGAUAAUGACAUAUACUUUUUGCCUCGAAAUAUCAUUCAUCAAUUCCGCACAGUUUCUGCCGUAACAAGCAUUGCAUGGCAUGUGCGCCUGAAGCAGUACUACCCUGAUGAGCCACAAGCAAACGGCGUUAAGAACCAAAGAGUCAUCACUUCUCAAAUGUACAAAGAACUCGCUCCUGAAGCCAACAAUUUGAAGAAAACUGCUGGACUAGAAUCUUCAAGCAAGAAGCGAAAACACUCCGAAGAUGAAACCUGUGAACGGAAGAAACCCAACUUGGAAGAUAGGCCGAAGAAAGACGAGAAAUCCCCAAAAGUCAAUGGUGACAUUCAUCAUCAAACACCAAAAAAGCACUGCUCCAGUAGUGGCCAUAGUACACCUAAGAAAGAACAUAGGGAUAAAGAAAGGGAUCAUUCAUCCAGGAAAGAUGACAGGAAGCAUAAAGAGCGGGACAAAGAUUCCAAGAAAAGCUCGGGAUCGGAAGGCGAAAAAAAGGAACGCCAUGUAGAUAGAAAAGAGCACCAAAGUGAUAAAGACAAGCGUCGCAGUUCAGACAGUGAUCGUGACAAGAAAGAUCAGCGUCACCGAGAUGGCAAGGACAAGCAUCGGAGACACAGCUCAGAAUCAAAGAGAGACAAAGACAGAUUGAGUGCCCACCACCGAGACAAGAGUUCGAAUAAUCAUAGACACCACAGCUCUAAAUCUGAGAGGAGAGAUGGUGAAAAGAAGGAUUCAGAAAGACGGGACAGGAAGUAUGAUGAAUCAAAGAAACAUCGGAGAGACGAGUCAAAAAGCCAAGGAGCUUGUAGCGAAAAGAAGAAACGCCCAGAUUCUCUUGUGAACAAUUUUGUCUCUUCUUCGGAAAAUCUGGAAGUUAUUGAAACAGAAGUGGUCACAGACUUACCUGCCGGAUUGGAUAAUUUGGAUCCUCUCCAUAAAACUGAGAAUGAAGUAGUUAAACUUUCCAGUCACCUAGAGAAGUCAGUCGAAGUGAAUUCUGUCAAAACAGCUAAGCCUUCGACAACCCCCUCAAAAAACGAAAGCUUUCCACACAUUGUCACAGGGACUCAAAAGGGGAGGGACAUCAAUGAUAAUUCAUAAAGAGUCAGGACCUUAUUUCCACUCCAUUUUAGUUUCUUUCCUAUUCUCAUAGAUUAUAGAUCUGUUGGAUCUCUGUAUAGAGAGGUCUGUUCUAAGUUAGUUUCUUGAUUUUGACGUAGGAAGAAUAAGUUUCCCCAUGCUAGGUUGAAUUCUCCAGUCAACGGAGAGUUUUUAUUCUAUCAUGUUGAGACGUACUCAAAAAAGAAUGGAGGGUGAGAAGUGAGUGUCCAGGGGGUAGCCAAAUUGCCUGAUUCCAAAAGUUGGAAAUCUGGAAAGGUAGCAGAAUUUUCUCCCUGACUGUGGAAAUUUUUCAAAUGUCACCAGAUUUCUCAAGUGUGCUUUGCAAAUGGAUCUUUUUGUGAUGAAGGGCCAAAAAAGGUAGUCUUCGAGCAAGUGCUCAGUGAUUGUGGAAGAUAGAAACCCUCUGAAAGUGACCGGAAUUUCUAAAGUGAAUUACUGAGAAAAUUUUCCUUUUAGGAAAUUAUUGACCCCUGAUUAUAUCUUCAGAGUGUAGCUGGAACGAUCUCUUGAAUUGUGUAAUCAAAAAAGGAAAAUAACUAGUUUGAAAAGUGACUUAAAUUCUUUUAUCUCAGGCUCCCGCCAAUUUUUUUAUCGUGAUACUCUUCUCUUUUUUUUCUUUUUUUUUCGCUUCAUUAAUUUAAGCAGUAGGAAUUUUUAUCAAACCGGUGCUUUCCCUAAUCCAUGUUUUCAGUUUACGAUGCUUUCAAAGAUGUGCACAGGAAUCAAAGUAGGAUGCCGUGUGUUUUAUCCAGGCUGUUUGAAAUGAAAGUUUAUGAACAAAUUUUCUACUCCACUUUGCCAUUUUAGCCUUGUUCUUGUGUUGAAUUUUAGCAAGAGGAAGCUCCUCGUAAAGGUUGUGUUCAUAACAAAAAUUAAAAAUGCUCAUCAUAGUAUGACAAACUUAGCCCUAUCACAAUUCUGUUUAUUGUGAGGGGAAAUAGUUUUUUGAGCCAAUUCUUCUCCAUGGCAACUCUACCAAGAAAUCAACUCAACUGGAGCGAAAUUUGCUAAUUGGCUAUAGUAAUAUUUUUUCACACGUACAGCGCUUGUAAAUAUAAGAGCUGUCAAUUAGAUUUCUCUCUCCUACACUUCUUCUAGAAAUAAUAUCCCUAUUUCAUUGCGGCCUUUUAAAAGAAUUUUACACUCCCUCUUGUUAUACUAAAGUAUAUUUUAAUUUUUGCAGUUCGUAAGUUAAAAAAUCGUUAGGAUUAAUUUUUGUAGAUAUCUGAUAAGUUUUGACUCCUGUAAAUAGUGUAUAGUGAAAUGUUACGCAAAGUCUAUAGCAAUAGGCUCGUAGAGAUAUUUAUUUAUUUAUUUUCUCCUCUGAGUUUUCCUAGUUCUCUUAGAUUUAAGUUGUAAAGUAGCACUACUCUGAACUGACUUUCUCUUGAAAGCAAAGUGGGUCAAUCGUGUCAAUUCAGUCUAUCAUCGAUUUUAUUUUGGUUCCUUCGCGGAUGUUUUCUUUGUUGUUCUCUUACGUUUUUUUAGAUUUUACAUUGCUUCACUCAAUUGUAUCAGUAGCAUUGUGAGAAAAUAAGGGUGAAAUACCUAACCUUGCAUUGUUUUGGAGGACCAAAAAUAUUUUAAUCAUGCACAGCUAACAUUUUUAUAUUGUUUCUCGUACAAAAAAAGAGAACGAGCAGUGUUCCACAAUUCCUAAACUCAUAUUUUAUACUCAAGAUGAUUGCAAUUGACUGUUAAUGAUUCAUUGUUGCUGGUCUUCCCCUAACAAUGCUGCUGAUUCCCGGAUUCAUGUUAUCGUUAAUGCACAUUUAGUAAAAGAGAAAAAUCAAUGGUCUUCAUUUUUGCUUUUUUUUUUAAAAAAAAAAAAACUGAAUAUAAAUUUGUAAAUUUUUACCACCACAAAUUCCUCCCUUAAUACUGGACUGGUAUCUUAUUCUUUAAAAUUGCAUCAAGUUUAAAUAUUAAUUAAAAUGAUUUUAUUCGUGACCGAAUUUUAUGUAGUUAAAACCAAAUUUAAGAAAUGUCUCAUAAUGAACGAUUUUUGUCCUCUUUUCUGCUGCACAGUUGCAAGGGAAAAAAUUUGAAAAGAACUCUUCAAGCUACCCUUGCAUGUGAAAUAAGAAUCGUUGUUUUAUGCAUCAGUUAUCUUCUGUUGUAACUCUUUCUUCUAACUUUCAAGAUCUUUAUUGAAUCAUAUCAAUUAAGAACUCAACCCUGGCAUAAAGUAAAAAAUUGAUUGAAAGUUGUUUCACCGAGGCCAACAAUCAAUCAAAAAAAGAUUGAGCUCUUGAUAUUUCAAUUUAAAUAAUUUUCGGAAGCCUAGAAGGAAUAUAGAGAUUUUCGUCCCUAGGUGGAAAAAGUUCAUAUCUAUAAUCCGAUCAUAUAUUAGUAUGUCUCCUCAAAAAAACCUUUCUUAUUUUUUUUAUCUAAGGUGCCUAAACAUGUGCUGCUAUUAAGUCAUCCUUGUUUGUAUCAAUGAUAGACAUAUGUCGAUGGCUUACCUUUGAACACAAUAAAAAAAUCUUUAUUGUAUCAGAACUCAAGUAUUGACCGGAAAAUUUCAUUUUUAGACAACUGAAAGUAUUUUUUUUAUUUUUACCUAAUUGAAGACCGCCUUUUGGUUUACAUCACAUUAGAUUUGAGCGUUGAUCUAGUUAGCUGUGAAAAAACCUCACUUGCAGAUAGCACCUUUCAAAAAAAUUUCAGUCAGAUUUAAAAGCAACCUUGACUCAACUCGGGGCAGACAUAAUCAACGAAUUUUGGACCCAGGAGAAUGAUUGAACAAUUUACAGGAGUCCCUUGAUUUUUCUGACAGUGAACUUGAGCACUUCGUUUGAUAAUAUUCUCUUUAACUCUUCUGCAGCCACAUACUUGUCUCAAAAUGUACAAAAGUAAAGUUAUUUGUAUUCAGAGCUCAGCCAUCAAUAUGUUUUUUUGUUUUUUUUUCUUAAGAGUGUAUUCUGAUUAAUAAUCGUCUCUCACCCCUUUGAUUCAAGUUGCGGAAAUUGUGGACGGACACCAUUAAUUGUAUUGUACAUGUAAGUCUUCAUUUCUCUGAAAGUAUAAUUAAGUUUGCUGAUAAGCUCUGAUUGUAAAGGUAUAAAAUAGAUUAAAAGUCACGUGUCAAAGGUGUGGAGUUGAUCCCCCUCAGCAUGUUUUGUUGGGUCUCAAUUUUAUUGAAAGCUCUCCUAGGAAUUUCAUUUAAGAAUUGGUCAUUGCGCCUAUUUUAAGAUACGAAAUUUUCUAUUUUGUAUGAAAUCCUCCAAAUCAAAAUAUCAAACCAGUACGCUAAUUAUCCUUACUUUAAGUGAAUUUAAGGCAUAAUAUUAUGUUAAGUCACUUGUAGUGUAAGUCGGUUUUAAGACUAUUGAGUUCAAACUAUUCUGUUGAAAAAUAUGCUCUAAUUCUGCUGACCUCAUCAGUGAAGUUCCAGGAAAAUAAUCUGAAAAUUGAAUAAGCAUUUUUGAGAUCGACAGUCAUUGCCCUUUUGUUUAAGAAAUAAUGCCUGCUAAAAUUUUUGAAACGUCACAAAUCAAGAUUUGCUCAUAACUUUGGGUACGUUUUUAAAUCUAAGCUCAGGAAAAUCACCUGUUUCCAAGAUACUAUGGUGUGACCCCAUUUACUUUCAUAACUUUUUCUCUUACCAAGUUUAUUUUCAGCUUCAAAAAGUUCAGUGGUGUUUAUUAACUAAUUCCUUUGAUACCGAAAGAUAUGGCUCUAUUUGUACAAAACAUUAUCAAUGGUGAAACUGUAGGGAAACAUAUCUCGAUUUGCGACACUACUGACUUCUUGUCAUAUUUAAUAUAUUUUAAUGAAAAUAUACUCAAUGUAUUUUCUUGAAAACUUCCCUGAUUUUUCUUCUCUGUGUGAAGAAUAAUCUUCAAUCAUUUCAGGCACUAGCGAUGGUUUGUUCUCCUUCGAUAAAAUAAAAUGAGAGAGUAAUCCAAUGUAACACCAAUCAUGAACCCAAGUGCAGUUUAUUUAUAAAGCGAAGAACCUUUUUUCAAAGUAUGUUUCAUUCUGUCCCUUAAUUAUCAAUGUGACUGUUCCAAGAAAGAAUAGAUAGCAACUAUUUAAAACGUAUUUAAUUUUUCACUGCGCUUUGAAAACGCAUUCUCCAGAGUUUUAAAUCAAAGACUUAUCUAUGCAACGAACAAUGUACAAAUUUCCUUAUUUACUGAAUUUCCACCAAGAAAGUUAUGUGAUUUACAAGCUGGAAAAUACCCUCGAUUGAUUAUUCCUAAACGUUUGUAAUACACUGUGUCCGUGAUCUCUCCAUUACCUGCAGUUUUGGAAGAUUAAACAUUUGGAAAGACUUAAAAUGAGAUGCAAACAUUUGAUAUGUAUGGAAAUUUGUUAUAAUGAAUAUUGAUUAAUUCUUCAAUCUUUUUUCCAGUUGGGUUUUCCCUGGAAUUUUCAUGUUAUGCUGUCCGCUUUUCUCAGAGUUUUUCUGAAGGAUGGAGGCUUCCUAUCCAAAUUCUGGCCAGAUUGAUUGAAACAAUUGCAACUAUGAAUGAUAGUUGAAUAAAUAUGAGACCACUACAGUUGGUAUACUAGUAAGAUGCCAUCAAUCAUUCGGAUGGAUUUUAAUAGAAUCAGCUCAAGGUUGCCAGGUUGUUCAUUCAAAUGUAGAUAUUUUCAUGAGGUUAAAUGGGAAAAAGUGCACACUAUCUGGCAAAUUUUAAUCAGCCCAAUACAUUUUAUGUCGCCUAAUUUUCUCUUAAGUUCAUUUUUUUUUAAAAUCUUUUUUUAGUAUUUUUUUAUCAUUUUUUUUUACAGUGAACUAUAUUACAUAAUGCCUUGAACAUUUUUCUACAUUUCCCCUGGCUUAUAAUGAAUAUACUUGCAAAAUUUCAAAUUAAAAUAUCAUUACCUUUCCGUUGUAAAUUUAAAUCAUGGUGGGAAAUGAGGCAACGUCUGAUAGAGUUGGACCGAUUCUAGGCAAAUCCGUCCGAUGUAGCAUCAGCUGCUUGGCACAAUAUGUUCACACUUCCUCGGAGAAUUCGGUUUUAUUAAUUGUGUAAAUGUAUGUAAGUAAGCGCUAUAUUUUCAAGUAGGCAAUCUCUAUAUUGUACAUAAAAUACUAUUUCCCAUCGUUCUCAAAUGUACAAAUAUUUGAUAAGUUUUUGCAAAAACUUGCUGCAAUAAUGUAAUAGGAACAUUUUUCCUUUAAGUUUUAAAGUGCUAGAGUUGUCCUUUCUUUUUUCUUAGUAUAUUUAUUGAAGUGUCCAAAGGUUUUGUUGAGAAACAUUUAAUGAAUUUGGUGUUAAAGUUUUAUGAAUUAAUUAAAAAAUGUUUAUGCUCCAUACAAA